AUGAAGUUCUUGCAAAUCUUCCUCGGGCUUCUGCCCACCGCGCUCACCGCGUCCAUCUACGUCUCUCCCCAAGGGUCCAGCAGUGGCUCAGGGAGCAUUACCUCCCCCCUGAACUCCAUUCAAUCCGCCGUCAACCUCGCAAAGCCAGGUGAUACCAUCUACCUCCGCGGGGGAACGUACUCGCCUACCAGCAACAUCCAGAUCACCAAGAGCGGAACAGCGAGCAAGCCAUACAUCCUUCGCGCCUACCAGGGCGAGAAGGUCAUCAUCGAUGGAGAAGCUCUACCUGGAACACCCGCACCCCUUGACGCUUCCCUCGCGAACGAAGACCGCGGCAUCCUCCACAUCCAAAACGCGAACUACUGGCAGUUCUACGACCUCGAGCUGAUCCAUGGCCCGUACGGCGUGUAUGCGCGCGAUGCGUCGAACAAUCACUACGAGCGGCUCAUCACGAGGGAUAACUACGAGACUGGCUUCCAGCUGCAAGGCUCGUCCUCCAACAACAAAGUCCUCUACCUCGACUCCUACGGUAACAGGGACCCCCGCAAGAACGGCGAGAGCGCCGACGGCUUCGCCUGCAAGGAAGGCUCAGGCGAGGGUAACCUCCUCAAGGGAGCGAGGCUGUGGAACAACGUCGACGACGGUUUGGAUUUGUGGGAGUUCAAGUCUGCCGUGACGAUCCAGGAUACUAUUUCCUGGGGGAAUGGAUACAAUCGAUGGGGCUUCUCACCCUUCGAAGGCGACGGCAACGGGUUCAAGCUCGGCGGCGGCGACGCAGCGGAUAAAGGUCCCGCAAACCAUGUCAUUACCAACUGCAUUGCCUUUGGGAACGUCAAGGAUGGCUUCACGGAUAACUCCCAGACGGGUGAUUUCACGCUCAGCCGCAACACGGCGUGGAAUAAUGCCAAGGUGGGCUUCAAAUUCAAUACGGCGGUGGCGACGCUCAAGGGGAACGUUGCGGCGGUCAAUGGUGAGAGCGCCACUGCUCUGAGCUCCAAGCAGAUUUCUUCGGGAAACUCGUGGGAUGGAAGUGCAUCGUGGUCGAAUAGUAGCUUCAAGAGUGUGGAUGUGAGUUUGGUGCAGGGUGCCAGACAGGCAGAUGGGCGGAUCAAGGCCAGUGAUUUCUUGCUGCCAAAGUCUGGGGAGGCAAUUGGAGCGACCACUGCUUGGAAUUAA